AUGCUCUUGAGAUGGAAGUACCAGACUCAGAAGUUGAAGAUUCAGAAUCUCCUGGCUCGCCUGGUCGGCAAGAUUAUUGUCGGCAAACCCGCCUGCCGUAGUCCCGAGUGGAUGGAUCUCGCCGAGCACUUUACUGAAGGCUCUGUCACGGUGUCCAUUAUCAUGCGCCUGGCACCAAAGUGGAUGCAUCCUCUGUUGACGGAAGUGAUCCCUCAGAGACAACGACUGAGGAAGCGUCAUCAGGGAAUCUUCAACAUUACCGAUCCCUGUGUAGCCAGGCAUGAAGAAGUCAAGUCGAAAAUAAAGCAAGGCUUGGAAGCGGAAGAAGAGGACAAUAUUGUGGCCUGGAUUGAAUUCCUUAUAGAGAAUGCUUUUAUUAGUGAUAAUGCACGGUAA